CCCUCCCUAUUCCUCUCCCUCUCCCUCUCUCUCAUAGAACAUCUCAAAAAGGGCCCGAAUCUCCUCACGCACCUCUGGUCCGGAAGAGGACCCAGUCAGUGAUGGAUUCGUUCGCUGUGGCAGAAAUUCGAGCGUCGCUUCUUGGAGAGGAGUUAUGCUUUCGGUUGUAAUGUGGUGGGAAGAGAAGGCGGAUAUUUAAUCAUGGAUUCUUCUUACGAGGGAUUUGUGUUUGAUCCGUCAAAAUGCAGCAAGUUGAGCAUGGAGGAGAAAAGGGAACUUGUUUAUGAAAUAUCGAAGUGGUCACAUGGUGCCCCUGAAAUGUUACAGUCAUGGAGCCGUCGGGAACUUUUGCAGAUCCUGUGUGCAGAGAUGGGAAAAGAAAGGAAAUAUACUGGCUUGACAAAGUUGAAAAUGAUUGAGCAUCUUCUUAAAAUUGUUUCAGAGAAGAAGUCCAGGAAACGUGAAGAGCCUGAAACAAAGCCUUCUCCCAUAAAUGACCAAAGUACUGCAAAGAGGCAGAGAAAGACUGAUCAUCCUUCUCGACUCCCCAUUGCAACAAACAAUAUCUCCAGCAAUGGAGAUGGAGAUCCAGAUGAUGCCAUCUACUGCCAAAAUUCAGCAUGCAGAGCUGCCAUGCACCGACAGGAUCCAUUUUGCAAAAGGUGCUCAUGUUGCAUCUGUUGUAAAUACGAUGACAACAAGGAUCCCAGCCUCUGGUUGGUUUGCAGUUCAGAACCUCCAUAUCAAGGUGAUUCAUGUGGCAUGUCAUGCCAUCUUGACUGUGCUCUUAUGCAUAAAAGAGCUGGCAUUGCCAAAGAUGGACACCAUGCAAGACUUGAUGGCAGCUUUUAUUGCAUAUCUUGCGGAAAAGUGAAUGACUUGCUUGGAUGCUGGAGGAAACAACUAAUAAUUGCAAAGGACACCAGACGAGUAGACAUACUUUGUUAUCGUGUCUCUCUCAGCCAAAAGCUUCUUAGUGGAACUGAGAAGUACCAAAAGCUGUAUGAGAUUGUGGUCACUGCAGCAAAGAAGCUUGAAGCUGAAGUAGGACCUUUAGCUGGUUUACCUGUAAAGAUGGGACGAGGUAUUGUGAACAGGCUUUCCUCUGGCCCGGAGGUCCAGAAGUUCUGUGCUUAUGCUGUCGAAUCACUGGAUUCAAUGCUGUCAUCUGGUACCUUGCAUUAUCUUCCCAAUUCUAAGACUCAAGAAUCCAAGUUGAUAUCUCCAAACCUUAUCAAAUUUGAAGACAUUUCUCCAACAUCGCUUACUGUGGUCUUGGGAUCUAGAGAUGCACCGCUGGAGUCUGGAAGGUACGUCCUGUGGCAUAGGAAGGCUGAUGUUCUGGACUAUCCAACAACCCCUACCUGUACUUUGUUCAAGCCAAAUACUAGGUUUUCGGUAUUAGAUCUUGCUCCAGCUACAGAAUAUGUAUUCAAGGCCAUUUGCUUCCAUGACAAAACAGAGUUAGGGAUGUCAGAAGUAAGGGUAACAACCACCAGUACUGGAAGUAAUCUCUCCAAAUCUGCAGUAGUGAAUAGAAGCCAAAGCCCCACAACCAACAGUAGCAGUGUCUCUAAUCCUUCUUCAGAGGGUGAUGAAUCUAAUAACAUAAUCACAUAUGGUAAACAGAAUGAUAAUACCCCAGGUGGUUAUUUCAGUUACUGCAAGAAAAUCGAGAAAACUGAUUCUUUAAAAUUAUCAGAUGAUGCCAGCAAAGAUGCAAGUGACUGUCAGAACAUGAGUACUGGGUUGGGGGAAGAAGAAACACAGGGAGACGUGGCUUCUGCACUGGAUGAAGAACAUGCUAUAGCGGCAUUGGAGCCUAUGCCCAACUCGACAACCCAAACAGAUUCUCAGAGAGGCUCUACAAACUCUACCGAGAACCAGAUGUCUGAUGUUAAAGCUGAUAACAAGCACUCUCCUGAGGAAGGUCGAUUGGUUGAGGAGACUAGCACUGAUACUGGAUUGCACACCCCUGUCGGGAAAGAGUUGGACGUGGUGCCCUAUGGGCAUCUCUCCGAUGCUGUUGUACCUAUCACUCCCUGCAAGCUGGAGAUCAGUAAAGAUGGGCUAGGGAGAAGUGGUAAACCAAAACCCAGCAGUGGGGAGGUUGGUAAUCAGUCUGGAAAGAUGGAAGAGCCACAGGCUGGAAGUUCAUCAAAGCAGAGAAGUGGGGUGAGGUGGAAUAAUGAUGGAUGUGCUAGUGAUGGCUCUUUGGAGAGGGAAUAUGAGUACUGUGUGAAGAUUAUACGAUGGCUGGAAUGUGAAGGGCACAUUGAGAAGAACUUCAGGGAGAAAUUCUUAACUUGGUAUAGUCUGCGAGCUACAAUACAAGAAAGGAGGAUUGUAAAGGUAUUUGUUGAUACGAUGAUCGAUGACCCAUCUUGUCUUGCGGGGCAGCUGGUUGAUACCUUCUCGGAAUGUAUAUCUGCCAAGAGGCCUCUAGCAGUGCCAACUGGGUUCUGCAUGAAGCUGUGGCAUUGAUUGUUCACUGGGGUCCAGCUCCAGGUCAACUAUUCUUAUAUACAAGCCUAUGAAGGGUUUGUAUUUCAGUGAUUCUUUUGGGGAGACCCAAAUUGAUCAUUCAUCAUUCGACAAUCCAUUCAUGUCAGCAUUGUCUGUUGAUUUAGAUUGAAAACAUUGGAAGUCCUUUCGGUAAAAACAUAUUCUUUUGGCUCCUCGAGCAUGCUAUUCUUUUGAAACUAACGGAAUGUUUGGGUGUAUAAUACUAUCAAUACUGUAAUGCAAGCUGGGGCAUGGUGGUGUAUUGAGGGAAGUAGCCAAAACCAGGGGGGCUUGUACACAUAUACAAGUGUAAGACUUACAAGAGAAUGACACUAGUUACAAACCAAAAGUUAAGUUAUUGUGUUAUGGGCCACUCUUGUAUACUAGUCCCAUGCACCUUUCGUUCAUUUUCAAUGUAGGAUUUUUUUUUUCAUUGCA